CCUCCUGUAGCUUUGCAUCUCUACGGUGGAAAGCCACAACGACCAUAGACGUAUAAAUAUAGAGUCUACUUCCGCCCCGCGGAUUUCUAAAACCCGCCCAGCUGCUUCCUUCCCUUUCUUUUUCGUAGCUGAAGCCAAGAUGCCCAAGGGGAAGAAGGCCAAGGGGAAGAAGGUGGCUCCGGCCCCUGCUGUGGUCAAGAAACAGGAGGCCAAGAAGGUUGUAAAUCCUCUCUUUGAGAAAAGGCCCAAGAACUUCGGCAUCGGGCAGGACAUUCAGCCCAAAUGGGACCUGACUCGCUUUGUGAAAUGGCCUCGUUAUAUCCGACUUCAGCGCCAAAGAGCCAUCCUCUACAAAAGGCUGAAGGUGCCUCCAGCAGUUAACCAGUUCACUCAAGCAUUGGACCGUCAGACAGCUACUCAGCUUCUGAAAUUGGCCCACAAAUACAGACCUGAGACGAAGCAAGAGAAGAAGCAGAGGCUGCUGGCCCGUGCAGAGCAAAAGGCGGCAGGGAAAGGCGACGUCCCUACCAAGAGGCCUCCUGUGCUCCGAGCAGGUGUCAACACUGUUACAACUCUGGUGGAGAACAAGAAGGCGCAGCUGGUGGUGAUCGCACACGAUGUAGACCCCGUUGAGCUGGUGGUUUUCCUGCCUGCCUUGUGCAGAAAAAUGGGAGUGCCCUAUUGCAUCGUCAAAGGCAAGGCAAGGCUGGGCCGCCUCGUCCACCGAAAGACCUGUACCUGUGUUGCCUUCACUCAGGUUAAUCCCGAGGACAAGGGAGCUCUAGCUAAACUCGUGGAAGCUGUCAAGACCAACUACAAUGAGAGAUACGAUGAGAUUCGUCGUCACUGGGGCGGCAAUCUUCUGGGGCCGAAGUCAGUGGCCCGCAUUGCUAAGCUUGAAAAAGCCAAGGCUAAAGAACUGGCUACUAAGCUUGGAUAGAUGUUUCAGAUUUGCCUCGAGAAGUUAUUCCCAUAAAAGUAAAAUACUGAAAAGAAAAAAA